AUGGCUGCCGUGUCCGCCACGUCCAUGUCUGCCAUGUCCGCCACGUCCUGUGCACCUUGCCAGAUGUCACACACUGCCCAUCGGGCUCAGAUCAAAGCUGGCAAGGCCAAGCCCCGUAAGCCGCUUGGACCUCUUGGCUCCGUUUGCCGAUCGGACUCUGCAGAAUCCGUGUACGUUGACCCGCGAGGCCUCUUCCGGUUGCUACGACAGUGGGUGCAGAGCAAGCCAGGCUGCCACUCCGUGCCAUUCAGAGAUCGCAAGCACACUGCUGGGUCCCAGGCGCAGGCGACACGGGCGACACCGGCGACACCGCACUCGCGGGCACUCUUGUGCUUGAAGGUUUCGGGGACCUGGAUUCCCCACCCUGCUCUGGCGCUGAGCCUGCUGCACGUAUAG